GCUCCAGGUCAUAGAUAUACUAGGAUAUCAAAUUCUGGAAACUGGUUUCUGAACUUCUUGUCCAACACUUUUCCCACUGGACCAAACUAAUUUGCCUCCUCUGUUUUUGAGGUUCUUGCAGAAAUAUUAGUUAAGCUGAAAAUCAUUUUUGACUGUUUACUGAGACCAAUGGGGGAAGAGUGAUGGUGCUGGUGCUGUUAGUGAGACCAUAGAUCUUGAGCUCCCAAUCUCCACAUCACUGACUUUAACCUGCUUCCUUUCUUUCUAGUAGCCCUUCACGCUUCUAAGUGAGAUGAUCACCAUAAUUCUUUCCAAUAAUUCUCAUCACUUCCCACAUACCUUCUUCUUGGCUGGCAUCCCAGGACUGACUGCUGCCCACAUUUGGAUCUCACUUCCCUUUUGCUUUAUGUUCUUCCUGGCAGUGACUGGGAAUGGUGUCCUGCUUUUUCUCAUCCGGACAGAGCACAGCCUUCACCAGCCCAUGUUUUUCUUUCUUGCCAUGCUCUCCUUUGUUGACCUGGUUCUCUCCCUCUCUACUCUGCCCAAGAUGCUGGCCAUCUUCUGGUUUGGUGCUACAGCUAUCAGCUCCCACUCCUGUCUUUCCCAGAUGUUCUUCAUCCAUGCAUUCUCUGCUAUGGAGUCAGGAGUGCUGGUGGCCAUGGCCGUGGACCGCUUCGUGGCCAUCUGUAACCCACUACAUUAUGCAACCAUUCUUACCCCGGUUGUUGUUGCCAAGAUUGGAGGCCUGGUAGUGCUGCGAGGUGUGGGAUUGACCAUCUCCUUUCCAAGCUUGGCCCAUCGGCUGUCCUACUGUGGCUCUCACACGAUUGCUUAUACCUACUGUGAGCAUAUGGCAGUAGUGAAGCUGGCCUGUGGGGCCACCACUGUGGAUAACCUCUAUGCCUUUGCUGUGGCAAUCUUUCUUGGUGUGGGGGAUGUGGCCUUUAUUGCCUACUCUUAUGGGCAGAUUGUGAGGACCGUGGUUCAUUUUCCUUCACCUGAGGCACGUGCUAAAGCUGGCAGCACAUGUACAGCUCAUGUCUGUGUCAUCCUCUUCUUCUAUGGACCAGGCUUUCUUUCUGUAGUCAUGCAGCGCUUUGGCCCACCCACAGCUUCUGCUGCUAAGGUCAUCCUUGCCAAUCUCUACUUGCUCUUUCCCCCUGCACUGGACCCCAUUGUCUAUGGGGUCAAGACCAAGCAGAUCCGGGAGCAGCUGCUUAAAAUGCUGAGGCCCAAGCAGAUUGAUCCCACCUGAGUGCAGUUCUCAUGAACUGGACAUCAGGGGCAACAGUGGUCUUCCCCUUUGGAGUGGGAGCCCCACAGCCUAGUUCAUUUACUUGGUGGGGACAUUCAAGAGAAAAAUGAAGUUUUCUUGAGUGUUUGGAAGUUGGGAAAUCUCUUCUGAAGUCUAUAUAGUGUUUAGAUAUUGGGAUGGAAGACAGGGGUAUCUCAAGAAAGUAAUUUUUUGGAUAUGUCUUUAUUCUAAGAGUUUGUGAUUUACUUGUGUUGAGAAGAUAAAUGAAUCAAGGAAUUAAGAAAUAAUUAAGGUAUCUAUGGACCUGGAACAAGUAACUUAGGAGAUUAGGGAGAGAUGAACUGGAAGCCUAUUUGUACAUAUGAGAACAUGGGCCACUUCCCACCAUGACACUGACACAGGCAGUCUGUGGGAGUGGAUAGGCCUUGGGUAAAAUUUUGGCAUCACAGAAAUAAAGGUGACAAACUAUGGAGAUUCUUUAGAAUUUCAGGUUAAUGAGAGAAACUUUUUAAAAAAUAUUCAUAUUCCAUCUGAUUCUAGAAGUGCUUUAGUUCACAUGCUUUGAUUCUGUUUUUGAGAUGGAUGGCCCUCUAUGACUCCUGUAGUAUCAUGUAUUUUUAAGCUCUGAGAAUAAUGAUAAUUGUUCUUUUAUUUCUUCAUUUUUAGUCUUAGGUGCAGAGCCUUGAGUUAAAGUUUAUUUCACACAAUAAUUAUUGUUCUAAUUCUUUAUUUUCUGUCUUGAUUCCUAAUUCUUUGGGCCAUUCUCUUCCAGUUCCUACUAUUGGCACUCACUUUAAUGUGUUUGUUGUAUGUUCCUAAGUAUUUAUGUAUCCUUGCAACAUAUGUAGUGUUGGUGGUAUGUUAUGUAAUAUACAUAAGUCUCCUUCUUUAGUUCCCCAAGUGUCCAUGCUUCCUCCAGCCAUGGGUAGUCUGGGAUCUUGCUAUUGGGAGUGCACCUCCCUGUCUUUAUCCUUGUUAUUCCUAUUCAUCUUGAGCUUCAUUCUAAACCUCACCUCUUUGAAGAAGGUUUUAUAAGAUAGAUCAGGUCACUUUAUGAACUCAGAGCUCCAUGUAUCUUUCUUUAAUUAUCCAUCAUAAUUAAAUAUAUGUAUAUUUAACUAAAUAAUAUACAUAUUAAUUAAAUAUACACAUAUUAAUUAUAUAUUAAUUAAACAUAUCUUAAUUAAAUAUAUAUUAAAUAAAUAUAUAAUAAUUGGUUUAAUGAUCUUUGUCCCCCAUCUCUACAAAAUGGUGAAUUGCAUUGUAUCCUUAACAUAGUACUCAUAUGAUAGGCACUCAAUAAAUGUUUUCUCAAUAAAUGAAUUUUAUUAUUUUAAUGGAUUAUAUCAUUACUAGCAUGUUUCUUCAUUAGUCGUAUUGACAUAUGUGUAUUUUGGAUUAAAUGAGUACAUUAAUCUCAAAGUGUGGCACAGUAGGCACUCAGUAACUUUUUACUGAAGAAAUGAAAUAAGUUGUCACAAAACUAGCAUUGAAAUCAUAAUUGCUUUUUUUUUUGCAGUCAUAAUCACUCUUAACACUAAUGUCUUUAUUGGUAUCACUAUGAUGAACACUACCUUAAGUUUCAAAUGUUAUUUCAUUUUUCAAAAAUUUCAACUUGUGAUAUUUUGGACACUGUGCAGGUGCACUGGAGAAUGUGAUUAUUCUUAAUAAGGCAACCUCACUGCUGUGUAUAAACACAGAACAAGCAGAAAAAUAGAAUUUGUUUUCCUCCUUAUCUUUAUUUCUUCAUUAUUCUCUUCUUUUCUUCAUUAUUGUCUUCCUCAUGCUGAGUAUUUACCAGGCUUUUGGUGUGAUGAUGAAAUAAACUUGAAAAUAUAGGAAGUAUGAUAAAAUGUGACAGUGCUGUGGUGGAUGUUGGUUCCAAGUCACAGAUUAGUUCUCAAUGGGAAGUGAGGGGCAAGAAAGGGACAUUAGUUCUCAAUGGGAAGUGAGGGGCAAGAAAGGGACAUAGGUUGGGUCAGGUUAGAGAUGCUAUGAAUGAUCAGGGUUUAGAAGAGUAUGGGCCUGAGUUGUCGAGUGGGUAGAUGGAGGGUUAGGGCUAAACUUAUGGUCUGUAAAGGGAGUCUGCUUCAGUCUUUCCUAAGUGGCUUCUGCUCUAUGCCAUACUCAAUGGUCCCAUGUUUCCUCAGUCAAAUAUUAAUCUUCAAUAUUAUUACUAAGAAGAUAGCACAGAAGCAUUGUUCACAGUAGCUUAAAGGUGAAAACAACCUAUGUGUUUAUUGGCUAAUGAAUGGAUUAACAAAAAUGUAGUAUACACACAUCAGUGUUCAGUCUUAAAAGGAACAAAUUUCUAACACAUGCUUACAACAUGGAUGAACCUUAAACGUUAUGCUAAGUGAAAUAAGCCAAACACAAAAUAACAAAUAUUGUAUGAUUCCUCUUAUAUUAAGUACCUAGAAUAGGCAAAUUCAUAGAGAUAUAAGUAGCAUAGAGGUUGCCAAAGGCUUAGAGGAGAGAGGGAUGGAGAUUGUUUAACAGGUACAGAGCUCCUGUUUGGGAUGAUGGAAAAAUUCUGGAAAUAGAUAUUGGUGAUGGCUAUACAGUAUUGUGAAUGUACCUAAUGGCACUGAAUUUGUAACUAAAAAUGGUUAAAAUGAUAAAUUUUAUGUUAAAUAUAUUUUACCACAAUAAAAAAUG